AUGUCCCUCAAUUGGCUGGCCGAGUUGAGAAGAGCUGCAACUUUAAUGGUGCAGCCAGAAAAACCGAUAGCUAAAGCCCCCACCGUGUGGAGAAGCAUUCAAGCGAUUGUUUUUGCUUCAUGGCUGAAUGCCUUGUUGAUCUUUAUUCCGAUAUCUUGGGCUAUGAACUUUGCUCUACCCGAUCAGCACACUCUCACAUUUGUUUUUGCAUUUCUGGCUAUCAUACCGCUAACCAAGCUUCUCGCCUUCGCGACCGAUGAAUUGUCAUUACGAGUCGGUCAAACUCUAGCUGGUCUUCUCAACGCUACAUUAGGAAAUGCUGUCGAACUCAUCGUAUCAAUCAUCGCGCUCGCGAAGUGUCAGCUUACAAUAGUUCAGUCGUCCUUGGUUGGCUCUAUCCUGAGCAAUCUCUUGCUGGUACUGGGCAUGUGUUUCUUUGCCGGUGGUCUCCGCUUCUCGGAACAGGGAUUUGGUCAAAGUGCUGUGCAACUUAAUUUAUCAUUGCUGACCAUUAGCGUGAUUGCUGUUCUGUUACCUGGGGCUUUUCACAUGGCUCUUCAGGGUCAACCAGGAUAUGACGAAUUGUCGAUCGAUUACAACAUAUUGCAAACUAGCCGUGGCGUUGCAAUCAUUCUCCUUUUCAUCUACGCCUCAUAUUUGGUUUUCCAGUUAUUUUCGCACAAAGCCCUCUACGAUGAUGAUAACGAAAAUAUGCAACCAACCAAGGCGUACGCAGGCCAGAAUCCAUUUCGGUUGCACAGGAGACGUAGGAUCAUCACGGACGGCGAAAAUGUAUCUUCCCCAAGUUCGACACAUGACAGAGAGGCAGCCGCAACGUUGUCCUGCCCCGCAGAUGCCAACCCUGACGUGGAACCUGGGACUUAUUCCAUAGCAUCCGUGGAGACUGAGAUUCAACCACUGAUGAACAUCGCUGUGUGCUUUUGGCUUUUGGCUGUCGUAGCUGUGUUGACUACUGUUACUGCAGUGUUCCUCGUUGACUCGAUUGAUGGCUUGACUUCAUCUGGGUCGAUCAACAAGGAGUUCGUUGGUGUUAUUUUGCUCCCGAUCGUUGGUCACGCAGCGGACCACGUCAUUGAAGUUACGGUAUCCGUCAAGGAUAAAUUGACUUUAAGCUUGGGCGUUGCUGUGGGUUCGAGUAUUCAAAUUGCGCUCUUUGUGAUUCCAUUCAUCGUGACACUUGGUUGGAUUAUGGAUAAGCCACUGACACUUCUCUUUGACCCGCUGGAAUCCAUCGUUAUGUUCCUUUCCGUUCUUACUGUCAAUUACGUCGUGCAGGAUGGCAAGUCAAAUUGGCUGGAAGGAAUGAUCCUCAUGUGCGCCUACAUGAUUUUGGCUGUAACGUUUUGGUAUUAUCCUGGUGAGCCCCUCGUCGAUGUAGCUGAAGACUCCCACAUGUUAAAUAAUGGUCUCACUAGGCACCCAAGGGAUCUUUCCAAAUUGCUAGACCUCGGUAUCUUCGAUGAACGGAGGAUUGCCACGGGCUCAGUACUACUCGGCUAG